AACAAGCUACUAGAGGGAGAGUUCCUUCCAUCCAACUUGCAUUCAAGUGUUAUUUUCAUCUGCCGAUUGUCGAAUUCUGAGACCAUUGAAGACAUGCCGAGAUCCAAGGUUUUACAGUUUCUGUCUGCAGUAUCCAGAUCGAAGUUUUCAGUGCCUGGUGUUUUAUUUCAUGCACGUUGUGGAUCGUUGAUAUUGUUUCAAAAAGUUUCGGAAAGCAGUUCUGUUUUUAAUUGUUGUCUCGGCACCCAGCAUUCAUCAUUACUGCAUUGUUCUUCAUCCAAACAAAAUGUACUCGAUGAAAGUUUUCGCAACCGCAGAGACAAACAUGCCGUAAAAUUGACUCCGUUUCCCACUCCACGGUUUCCCAGAGCAACAUCUCCGGCCAGUAUCUUGGUUUCAUUUCCCUACUUCACAUGUGCCCGUCUGAGGGAUAAAGAUUCUUCAGCAGAGCCUACCCCUUACCUGGAUGGACCGACCUUAUUAGAAUGUAGUACUCCACAAGCUGCUGUCAAGUGGUGGAAUGAUUCAUUUUUAAAAUGGGGUGUUCCAGAUCCUGAGGUGUCAGCAGAGUUUAUUGUGGCACACGUUCUGGGAUUCAAACAGUUCCAUGAGAUGUUAUGUCAAAGGUCACAGGGGUUGUUGACUGGGAACGAGCUCGACCAGAUCAACAAGUUAUGUAACAAGCGAAAGGAGAGGGUACCAGUCCAGUAUAUUGUUGGCGAUUGGGAUUUCCGAGACCUUGAGAUAGUCGUCAGACAACCUGUUUUCAUUCCUAGACCAGAAACUGAGAUGCUUGUUGAUGUUAUAGUGGGACACUACUCUGUUGAUGAGGAACUACAUUUUCUUGAGAUCGGGAGCGGUAGUGGAGCGAUCAGCAUCUCCAUCCUCAAAGAACUGCCUUGUGCUCGUGUAACUGCAAUUGACUGUAAUGAGGAAGCUGUGAAACUCACCAUAGAGAAUGCUAUCAGACUAGGUGUACAGGACAGACUAUCAGUCCACUGUGCUACCAUGAUCUCUGAACUGCCCAAUUGCCUCAAAGGGUUCUCUUUUGAUGCCAUCGUUAGCAAUCCUCCAUAUAUACCAACCCAAGACAUGGGCAAUCUGGAUCCUGAGAUAGUUCUAUAUGAAGAUGAGCGAGCUCUCUGUGGAGGGUCAGACGGUCUGGAUGUAAUCAGAGACAUUUUGUCUAAUGCAAGACAUCUUAUGAAGUCUGGGGGUUUCAUUUGGUUUGAGGCAGACACCAGACAUCCAGAAGGAAUCCAAGAAUGGCUGAGGAAUAACCGAGAUACCUGCGUUGAGUUUGUCAGAACAUUCCAAGAUUAUAAUGACCGGUCCCGAUUCUCUCAACUGAAGUACCAACAUCCUACAAACAAGUGACUUUAAAUGAAGGGGUGUGCGUUAGUUUAGAUGAUCUUUCUGUUUAGCAUUCAGCAGCCACCACCAAAAAAAGGGGGGAAACGUCAGAGCUUGGCCACGACACCUUGCAUGUCAAGACAGGUGUCAAAACUGGGACCCAAACCCCGACAUCGUUAGUCAGAAACACCAGAGCUUGGCAACGACACCUUGCAUGUCAAGACAAGUGUCAAUACCGGGACUCGAAGCCCGACUCUGCUGGUCAGAAACAUCAGAGCUUGGCCACGACACCUUGCAUGUCAAGACAGGUAUCAAGACCGAGACUCAAACCCCGACUCCGUUGGUCAGAAACACCAGAGCUUGGCAACGACACCUUGCAUGUCAAGACAGGUGUCAAGACCGAGACUCGAACCCUGACUCUGCUGGUCAGAAACAUCAGAGCUUGGCCACGACACCAUGCAUGUCAUAAGCAAAGCACUCCAGCAUGGUAGCUUCCAAAUGCUGUAUAAAUUUGAUCUCUGUGAGAAGCAUCUAUCAGAUAUUUUGGAGUACAACAAAACAUCACAUCCUUAUCUGUCAAAUGUCCAUUCUCUAAACACGAGACAAAAUUAAACGAUCAAAAUAGUAAUAUCAUCUCUCUAUGUCUUCGUUUGGCAGCUGACUAUGCAAUAGUUUGGUUUUAUUAUAUUUUUCAUCAGUCACAUAGGAAAAAAUGGUGGCAUUAUUUUUAAAAGUAAAAUCAUUCAUACAUAACGUCCAUAGUAAUAUAUACAUACAGUAAAGAGGAUAAUAUCGCAUGUGGAACAGGCUAGAAAACUUUGUACAUAGGUGAUGAAAUUCAUGACGAGUGCUUUGCACAUCGGGAAAUAAAGACACAUUCUAAACAAUAUCUACAGAUUAGGCGACUAGAAUUUUAAUGAAAGUGGUGCAAUAGUUACGAGAAGUUCAACAUGAUUGGACUAUAAAAAAAAUUACUUAAAAAAAAUGGAUUGUCUUUAAUUCAUCUCGCUACAGUAAUGUUUGAAACUCAUGUUUACAUUAAGGCCUUUGGGAAUAUUUGAUUGUUCUAUAAAAUAAAAUUGAUGUUUUAAAGUGUAUAAUAAUUGCAAUUCAUUUAUUAUGUUGUCACUAGGAACGUGUAAUAAGCAUUUUACCUUUGUAUUUGACAGUUAAUACUACUUACAGAAACAAUGGCUCCCCCAAAAGCUUUUCAAAAUGUAGUCCUCUGUUAGUGUUUUGUUUUUCCUUUUAAAAAACUAAUUUCUACACCGGUACCAAUUUUAAAGCAACGCCACAGGCCAAUUUUAUGGGAGUGGAAAACUACUCCACAAAAUCAGUCAACUUUACCAAAAUGUGAAGCAGAUGGUUUUGACACGAGGCCCCAGAAUAUUCAAGUCACGAAAACAAAUCACCGGGCGGAGGGUCAUAGCUAGAUCUGAAACAAACAUUUGAUAUUUCAGCAGGUACCUUGUAAAGUAGUGCCGGCCAGUCAAUUUGUUAGUUACUCCUAAUGAUUUCAUUAAAUGAGCUUUUAGGAACAUUAUCCUCAGCGCUAGAAGUGAAUUAUUUUGAUAGCCGAGGCAAAUAACUGACAUUAAUUAAAUACAUGGAAAUUUGCAUCGGGGAUAAAGAAUAAUUGUGGUUAUUACCCAUUUACACCGAUGUGUGUUAGCACUGUGUAA